AGAAAAUUUGGUCGGAAUGGUUCCAGUGGCCUGUGACAAUGCAAUUAGAAGCGCUCUUUUGUAUCUGGGGCAUUUCGAUCUAGGGUUUGAGCGAAAUUGAUUGUUCCAAUGGUCUUCCCUCGAGUUCGUUUUUCGUUCGCCGGAUCUCUGCAAUGCUUGUCUCAAACUUUGAUGAUUCGUUUAGGUUGAUGAAGAACAGGGCUCAUGUGUCCUGUGACAGGUACUAUGAACAGUUUGAAUUGAAGAUCAAGAGUUUCUUUAUACAUGUAUAUGUUGAGCAAGAAGCUGAAAUGGAAGAUGUGUCUGAUGAUCUUACGACCUCAAUCCUCCACCUUCCAGAUGACUGCCUCGCCUUUAUCUUCCUACGGCUAGACUCUGUUGCCGAUCGCGAUUCUUUCGGUUUAACUUCUCGCCGUUGGCUCAAUAUCCAAAACAUGAACCGGAAAUCAUUACAGUUCCAAUGCUCAUUCGCGGUUCUUGAUCGUUUUUCCCUGUCCCAGACGAAUCAAGAUGUGAAUUCUUAUCAUUUUCACAGGCUGCUCAGUCGGUUUCAGUGGUUGGAGCAUCUUUCCCUUUCCGGUUGCACAGAGCUAAACGAUUCCAGUCUCGCCUCCCUUAGGUACCCUGGGGCAAGGCUGCAUAGUCUUCACUUGGAUUGUUGCUUCGGGAUUUCCGAUGACGGGAUCUCCACCAUUGCUAAUUCUUGUCCCUAUCUAAGAGUCAUUAGUCUCUACCGAUGCAAUAUCAGUGAUAUCGGGUUAGAAAAGUUGGCUAUGGCCUCCUUGCCCUUAUCAUGUGUAAAUCUCUCAUACUGUCCUCUUGUCUCUGAUUUCGGGAUAAAAGCACUCUCACAGGCAUGCUCUCAGCUUGAAUCGGUCAAGAUCUCAAACUGCAAGAGCAUAACCGGUGUUGGCUUCACCGGCUGUUCCUCAACUUUGGCCUAUGUAGACGCCGAGUCUUGCCAGCUCGAGCCAAAGGGUGUAACAGGAAUCAUUAGCGGGGGCGGGAUCGAGUUUCUAAACAUUUCAGGUGCAAGUUGCUACAUUCGCAGGGACGGAUUGACGGAAUUAGGUUCCGGGCUUGCCUCCAAACUAAGAAUCCUGAACCUAAGGAUGUGCAGAACAGUCGGUGAUCAAUCCAUCGAAGCUAUAGCAAAAGGUUGCCCAUUGCUCCACGAGUGGAACUUGGCACUGUGCCACGAGGUUAGGGUUUUGGGAUGGGAAGCCAUUGGCUAUAACUGCCAUAACUUGCAGAAACUCCACGUUAACCGGUGUAGGAACCUAUGUGACCGAGGCUUGCAGGGUCUGAGGGACGGUUGUAAGAAUCUUCAAGUCCUCUACAUGAACGGGAACGGAAGGGUAUCGGCUGCAGCAGUCGAGAUGUUCAGAUUACGGAGGGCCAAUGUCGCAAUCAAGGCAGAAGAAUCAAUGGCUAUAGGACCAGAUUGGACAUUGCAUACUCGAGGAUGAACGAGUGUCAUCUUUUUUCCAGAUCUUGAACUUUAGGUAUAAAAAUGGCACAUUAUACCGUGUUUUGUUUUGCUUGUCGCGUCUCCUGGAUGUUCUUUCUCAAUGUAGUUAUAUUGUCAGAAAGACAAUCCGAGCCAAGAUGUAUUAUGAUCGGUGUUUCGGUGACGUUGAUGUAUAAAAACCAGUCAUUUUGAUGCAUAAAAGUCGAGCACUUUAUUGAA